AUGCAUUAUUCUUCAGCAGCAAUCGAUGGAACAGAUUGUACAACAACAGCAACAGAUUAUACAGGAACAACAAGAGAUUACAGAACAACAACAAGUCACACAAAAACAAAAAGAACUACAAAUCACACAACAACAGAAGAAACUGAUUGCACUGAAAUAGCAGCAAAUUAUACAGCAACAGGAACACAACAGCAACAAAAACUUGUACGUCAACAACAGCAAAUUGCACAGUACCAACAACAACUUGUGCAGCAACAAAUUACAGAGGAAAAUCAGCAUAUUGCACAGCAACAACAACAAAUUGCACAACGACAAGGACAACUUGCUAAGUAG